AUGAGCGCCGCACAACAGGUUCUUGUUCCAUUACUAGCAUGCAUAGCCAUUGUUGCAUCGAUUGUUCGUCUCAUUUUUCGGCUUCGACAAGAUGCUCGACUCAUGUUGGAUGAUUGGUUUGUCCUUUUCGCGACCCUAUGUCUCGUCUGCGAGACAGCUACGAUCUAUCACUACAGCCACACCAUGUACUUCAUCGAUUCAACCUUUCUAAACUCCUCGAUCCGUGCCUCAAUCAUCUCUAAUGAUUAUUUAACACGUUCCUGGUCUGCCAUCAGGCCCGAUUGGAUCGUCGCGUCAUUGUCCUUAGCUUGGCUAUCAAUUUUCAGUAUCAAGUGUUCUUUCUUGGUACUAUUCUACCGGAUGGUUCAGAACGUACAAAGACCUCUGAGAAUACACUUCUGGGUAGCUUGUACAUUCACUGCCAUUGCUGGAGUAAUAGUAAUCGUCUUGCCAUUUGCUCUAUGCCCACGCUUCGAUGCCAGCUCAAUCCGAUGCUUUGAAUGGAACCAUUGGAUCUUCAAUGUUAAAUUCGGGAUUGGGUGGCCUUUCUUAGAUAUUGCGACUGACCUGAUGAUCAUAAGCAUACCAAUAGCCCUCCUCUGCAUGUCACAACUUCGUUUCGACCAAAAGCUCCGCCUCGCGAUGGUUCUCUGUGUUUCUUUACUAUGUAUACUACUGAGUGUUGUGCGUCUGGCAGGAGGCAUCCGUAACAACGUUGAAGGACAUCGCCAGUUCGUUCUAGUAUGGACCACCUUUAUGCUGCACUGCGAGGUCGCUGUUGCGGUGCUGGCAGGAUCUGUCCCCGCUCUUCGUGCAAUCUACAGAACACACCAGAAGCGCCGCACUGGGUAUGGGUCAGAUCUUAUAGAGGCCAGCCUACCUCUUUCAUCUAAGAUCAAAGAGGAGGGCAUUCUUGAGAAUAAGGCCGCAUCCACCACUGAUGUAGGAUCACAGUAUAAGGAGACGGAAUCGAAAACCUCGCUGCCGGUGUCUCCAGUGCCUUCACAUAAGGGUAUCAGGAGAUACGGCUCCUUGAGAAGAAACAGUUCUUUAUUGAGAGCCCUUCGCCGUCACGAUGAACCUCAAAGCAUCAACGGCAGUUCGGUUACAGUUCCAGAGGAAGUGCACCAUGACAACCAGAUGGAGGCACAUAAUCAGAUACGCAUCACGGUAGAAUGCACAGUGGAGAGCGAGGCAGCACCGCCACCCGAAGUCGAGGACUUUAGCGACUUGGGGAACCGAGAUCUACCUUGGAGUGACGAGUGGUUGUUUGGAGGAAGCCAGGACGGCUCCCAUUCAGAGGUCACAGGACCUACUUCGACGUUCCGUACAGAUCGCUCAAACAUGAUCAACGCUGUGGAUCCAAAGUUACUUGGGACCGUCGUGUCCGGAAUGAGAAUUUAA